AUGGGUAUCAGUGAUCAAAUCAAUAGUAAUUUAUCAAGUCAAUCUCCAUUUACUGUAAGUACAAACCCAAGUGAUUCAAUGUUUCUUCCAACAAACAGAAUUGCAAAAACAGCAGAUUGGAAAGAGGAGAAAAAAUAUUACUAUCCAAAAGAAUCGAUUCAAAGUAUUUAUGAAGGUACAACAGUUCGUAUCGUAAUCGAUAAACAAAAUGGUAGACUUUAUGGUUUGGAAAUGGUAGUUGAAAUUGGACCAUUGACUGCAAAUGGUGCUACAUUUACACGUCUCUGUAGGGAUGUUGCUCAUUCGAUGGCCUAUAGUGUUUCAAUAUGGAAUGGUAAUAAUGAAAUUCAUAGACUUCAUAUGGAUCAUGAAAGAAUUGAGAUGGUUUUAACUAAAUUAAAACAUGAAAGGGACAUGGAAGAUAAGAUGGCCGGUUACUAUGAUGAUGCGACACGUACUGCAUUGGGUGCAACAAAACAAAAAUUAAUUUUUGAUUUGAAUUUCUUUCAUACUGUCCACACUUCUGAUGCACUCUAUUUAAAUGCCUGGCAUUGA